GCUGUCACGCAGGUGCGUGGAUUAUAGCGUAACACAGCUCAUUGGAUCGAGACGCGAAGUCAACACUCCUUUGGAAACAUCCGAGUGGCAGAAGUUCGAUAGACGUCAAGACAAAACGUUGUUCUUUCUCAUCGCCAUGAGACCAUACAUCAAAGAUCCGGAUAUCCACAGCAUCAAUACACUAUGCGGCCUGUGUCAGGCAUUUGCAUAUCGUUCUUCGGCACAUGGCAUCCCCAGGAUUGCCAGUUCUCAAAACCGUUUCAGGAGAUUCAUGUGGAUAAUCGUGUUCUUGGUGGCUGUUGCCGGUUUCGCUUAUCACAGCAUAUAUUUAAUUCUGACUUACUUAUCUUACCCUCGGAUGACUACUACCGAAGAGAUACAUGCCGAUCAGAUAGAUUUCCCAUAUGUCACUGUUUGCAACUUGAAUCCCUUGAAGAAGAGCUAUUUCGCGGAUUAUCUAGCAGAAAUAUCUACUUCUACGCCGCGAUCUACGGAAGAUACGCAAAGCGACGACUUGCUAGAAUUCUUAACGUCACCAUCUUCCGACGAUCAUGGUGAUUUUGGAGGGGGUGGGAUAUGUUUCCGCUCGGUUGAAGAGUUCCUUCAACGCAGUAGAACCAUGGAUCUUAGCGAUAUGUGGAUGAGCGUCAUAGCCACUAAGGAAAAUCUAAGCAAGUUUGGUCAUCAGUCCAAGGAUUUAGUGGUCCAAUGCACCUAUAAUGCUAGGAACUGCUUUAAUACCAGUUAUUCCAUCAUUGACGUCGAUAGUUAUCCUUCUCCACGUUACGGGCUUUGCCAUACAAUUAUUGUUAGACAAGAAUCCCUCAGGAAAGUCAUAAAGACUGGUUCGGCUUUAGGUUUGAGACUAACGCUAAACAUUGAAAGAGAGGAGUAUUUGGAUCUGAUAUCACCCGAAUACGGAGCUAGACUUCUAGUACAUCCCCAAGGUACAUUCCCGACAUUACAAAGAGGAGGAGUUAUUCUACAGCCAGGAACCAAGACCUAUGUUAGCGUCAGAAUGAGGAAGAUAGAAAGACUUCCAGAACCUUACAGAGGAUGCAGCGACGAUUUUCAAAAGACACUACUUGCCAAAUAUUUAAAAAUGACGGGGCAAGAAUUUUUGUUACAUCAUCAAGUGUACACUUACGAGUACUGUCAGACACUAUGUCGAGAGGCCCACCUGCUAAAUCAGUGCGGGUGUCUAGAAGAGUUGGCGCUAGAAGGAAAUAAAUCUUGCGACCCUUGCAAUGGAACACAAGCUCGAUGUAGAAGUGGAUUUUAUCGAUCUUUCACCCGAGCUUCCAGUACUCACGAAUGCCAGAAACUAUGCAAACCAGCUUGUACUGACAUUCGAUACGACCUAACGGUGUCUCAGUCGGAAUGGCCAAAUGUUCAACAGCAACAAUACGCUUUAAAACGUUGGCCCAAUCUCAAUAAGAGAUUAGGACAGUCUUUAUCUUCUUCCAACUCCAAUAACACUACAGAUACCAAAGAAGAAAUACAAAUUAACAGAAAAUAUUUCAGGAAAAAUUUCUUGAGAGUUCACGUGUAUAUUCAAGAAAUGAAUUAUCUAUCCGUUAAAGAUAUUCCAGGAUAUACGCUUCCUCAACUGUUUGCUGAUUUGGGAGGAUGCUUGGGUUUAUACAUUGGAGUAUCGGCUAUAACUGUUGUUGAGAUAAUCGAACACGUGUUUAGCGUUUUUGCAUUUCUAUACGUGAAGAGAAAACGAAAUUCUCAAACACGGGAUCCCAUUCAUCGAAUGGCUAUCAGCAGUCGGAAAAGUGCAGUCGUAACGCGUCACGUUCCAACACAGUUUCCGGAACCCUACUCUAUUCAAAAGCGAGAUUUAGCCAAAAAUAUAAAGCAUCUUAGAGCAUACUUUCCAAGAGAUACUCAUCGACGAACAGGGGGCAUAGCAGAAACUCCAGGGAAUUGCAAGACGUUGUAUCCCAUCAAUGAACAAUUAUUCAGGAGGUAUCCUCAUCUAACCGACGAUAGUCUCGAUUCGAAAUGGUAAUAUCAGCCAUCACAGUACAUCAAUAUAAUACAGUUGAAUGUGCUCAAAAGCAUUUAACAAGCCAAGUGAUAUCUUCCAUAUACAAAUAGAAUUUCGAACUAUACCAGAUAUUUUAUAAAAUACAGAAUGAAACACGACGAAAAGAACAAUUGUAAAAUAUUUUUAUUUCGUGAAAGAUUCAAAAAAAGGAAUUGCAGAAGACUUUCUUUUUCCUGAAUGGUUUCACUCCUCGAACGAAAUUAAUUUUUUUUCCAGAUUGGAAAAAUGUUUAUACUUCUUGAUACGGAUGUGUCGGUGUAACAUAUGCUUUGUAUUCAUUCCUUCAACAUUAAUUAAUGUUUUAUUGUCGUUCAUAAUCCGGAUUUACUGUGUAUACCUUCGUGUAUAUCCGGGAUCUUUAUUGUAAAUAGGUAUCUAAGUUAUGUAUAGGCUAUAA